CUCGCCCGAGGAUGCGGCGGCCGCCGCGGCGCCUGGCGCUGUCGGUGCUGGGGGUGCUCUGCCUCGCCGCCCUCCUCCUCCUCUUCCUCGGGGCCAGACGGCGGCGAGCGGCGGCGGGUGCCGCGGGGCGCACGCCCGAGGGCUCGGACGUGGACUGGGAUGACCUUUGGGAUGAGUUUGAAGAGAGAAGGUACCUGAGCGCCCGGAGGUGGAAGGGCGGCGAGGACCCGUACCGGCUCCAUGCCUUCAACCAGCGGGAGAGCGAGAGGAUCCCCAGUGACCGUGCCAUCCGUGACACCCGCCAUCACAGGUUUUGCCUCUCCCCUGGUUUCUUCUGAUCUUCCUCAUGAAGCAGCAUUGUGUGGGUGUACGACUCUGCGCUAUCGCCAGGACCUCCCUCCAACCAGCGUCAUCAUCACCUUCCACAAUGAGGCCAGGUCAGCCCUGCUAAGGACCAUUCGGAGCGUGCUGAACCGCACCCCGGUGCGCCUUGUCCAUGAAAUCAUACUUGUGGAUGACUUCAGUGACGAUCCUGAUGACUGCCGCUUGCUGGGCAGGCUCCCCAAGGUGAAGUGCCUGCGGAACGGACGGCGAGAAGGCCUGAUCCGGUCCCGUAUCCGAGGGGCGGAUGUGGCGCAAGCGGGAGUCCUGACCUUCCUGGACAGCCACUGUGAGGUGAACAAGGACUGGCUGCUCCCUCUGCUGCAGCGCAUCAAGGAGGAUCCCACCCGAGUGGUCAGCCCUGUUAUUGACAUCAUCAACUUGGACACUUUUGCCUAUGUGGCAGCUUCCUCGGACCUCAGAGGAGGUUUUGACUGGAGUCUGCAUUUCAAAUGGGAGCAGCUUUCCCCGGAGCAGAAAGCCAAACGACUUGAUCCCACCGAACCCAUUAAGACUCCCAUCAUUGCUGGAGGGCUGUUUGUGAUUGACAAAGCCUGGUUCAACCGCCUGGGGAAGUACGACAGUGCCAUGGACAUCUGGGGCGGGGAGAACUUUGAAAUCUCUUUCCGUGUGUGGAUGUGUGGAGGGAGCCUGGAAAUCAUCCCCUGCAGCCGCGUUGGACAUGUCUUCCGGAAGAAGCAUCCGUAUGUCUUUCCAGAGGGAAAUGCCAAUACAUACAUUAAGAACACCAAGCGCACUGCGGAGGUGUGGAUGGACGAGUUCAAGCGGUACUACUACGCAGCUCGUCCCGCAGCCCAAGGGAGGCCUUUUGGAAACAUCCAGAGUAGAGUGGAGCUGCGGAAGAUGUUGAAAUGCCACAGCUUCAAGUGGUACCUAGAAAACGUUUAUCCUGAGCUUCGGAUUCCUGAGGAAUCGCUCUACCAAACUGGGAUGAUCAGGCAGAGGCAGAACUGCCUAGAAUCGCACAAGUCUGAAGCCCAAGAGUUCCCCAUCCUGAGCUUAAAUCCUUGUAUCAGCAGCAAAGGCACGGCAGCAUCCGCACAGGAAUGGACGUAUACAUACAACCACCAGGUCCGCCAGCAGCAGCUCUGCUUGUCCGUGUACACCCUCUUCCCUGGCUCCGAGGUUCUGCUCUCGCCUUGCAGAGAAGGUGACAAUAAGCAGCGAUGGGGUAAGGUUGGGUCACACAUUGAACACAUAGCCUCACGCUUUUGUUUGGACACUGAGACGAUUGGGGACACAAACGAGAGCACCAAAGAGCUUGUCAUCAACCCUUGCGAGACCACCGCCAUGAGUCAGCGCUGGGACAUGGUGAUGUCUUGACCUGCUGGAGAACUUACAGCAUGGAGUUGGGCAUGGAGAUGUUGCUACAUGCAGCCAGGAUGCACUCAAUGGAGCUGAAAUGAAAAACCAGUGGGAGUCCUUGUGUAUCAUGGGACAGGAGAAGGAUCAUUCAAACAAAAGUAAGGCCAUGGUGCUCCAGGUUGAAAAACUGAUAUCAUCUGCAAGGCUUGCAGCUGGUAUUGGCCUGUCAACAGUCAUGCAUUCAGAGAAGGAAUGGCAGAAAACCAAACUUGAAAUGUUUUAAGGAGAUACCAGGGCUCGUGUCAUGGACCCUGCAACAGUCCAGUAUGCACAGUAUUUAUUAAUCGCUCUGGAAACACAGGGAGAAGAAGAGCCUUGGAGACCAAAAGGAAACUUGGACUUAGCAAAAUAAGCAUCUCGAUAGCUUUUGUGAGGUCAGGCCACUGUGCGAGGAGGGAUGUGCAAGGAUGUGCAAGGAACAUCACCUGGGAUCAAGUGGAAAACACUGGAUUAUCUUUGCACUUUCACAGCUGUGGAUGAGCUUGUCUUCUGCAGACAGUGGGGGUGGAACCGUGCUGCACGUUUGAGUUCCUGCCUGAUCCAUGUCGUGUGUACAGAGGCAGGGCAGUCAUUUACAGCUACAGCCAGGAUCAAAACAGCAAGUAAUGGAGCAGUCCUGCUCGGUGCCAGCUGCACAGGGGGGCUGUUGAUUCUCCAAGGCCCAAGCAAACAGAGCAUUCAAUGUGUGGAAUUAAAGGAUAUAAAUUGCUGUGAAGCUGGUAGGAAAGGCAGUAAUGUGAUUAGUUCUCCUCUGUGAAGGCCGCGAGCAAGCUUUGGUCACUGAAAACUGCCCUAUAAUCUCAACUGUGUCUCUCACUGCUUCAAAUCUGGAAUAAGUCCAAUUUUCACUUCUCUUCCAUAAAAGUAAUAUUUUUGGUAAUUGAAGAUAAUUGUGUCAUAUUUGUGUUUCCCAAUUUCCUGACUACAGAAGGGGGGACUCCCAGGAAGCUCUGCUGCUGACGGAAUGGAGAUGGCACUUAUAACUAGAGACUACACUGAGGAAGGAAAGGGGAUAUGCCCUGGUUUUGCUUCCCAGGUGUCCUGUGGCCCAAGAUGUGAAGUACCAAAGAAAGGUUUGGGAUUCCCCCAGUCAUGCCUGUAAACAGGGAGCCCUUGGUCACAGAGCAGCUCUCUCCCGAAGUCUUUCAGUGCAGGCAGACUUGGUAGAAAUAAUUUCUCGAGGUUUUUGAGAUCAGUGAUUAACCAGAGGCCAGGUCAGGUACUAUUCGUAUAUGGGAGUGAGGUGACUGCCAAUGGAUAAUGGGGCAGGAGGCCUCAAAGGGAUCCUAGGAAUAGGAGAUGAGCAGAGAGUCCUUUCCAGCCUGUCCUUCAGAGCGGAUCUCACCACAGUGUGGGGAGCAGCCAGUGAAUCACCAAGAGCUGCACACGCAGCACUUGGGCAGGAACAACUCGCAAAGAGAACUUCUGCAGGGCCAUCAAUGUGACUUCAAAAAAAUACAGUUUGUGUCUCUAAAAAUGUAGGGUUUGAUGAAAAUCCUCCUCUUUGUUCCACAUGCUGCAAACUGUAGGUAAAAUACCACAAGCUUUGAGCCUUCAAGUGCUCUCAGCAUCCCUCGAGUAAAUUGCUGGCUUUCAGGAUUUUACUGCCUCGGCUUCUCCUCCCUCGGUGCUGGGAGGAAGCUGUCUGUGUAAAUCUCCCUGGCUUUAGAGGCAGAGCCAGUAUAACUCUUUAUUUACAAAAGGUUGCAGGGUCUAAGUGCUUUCCGUGUGCUGCAGUGAUUUCUAACUGAAUCAGGUUCCCUAGGUGCAGACCUCAAGGACUGCUGUUAGAGAGGGCUGGAGAAGGCUGUCAUUUUGUGGUAGCAUUGUUUCCGCACCACCACUUCGAACAGGAAACAAAGGGGAUUAUGAGAAUGGAAUGUUUCACCAAGAAGGGUAGUGACCUUGGUCUCCUGCUGUUUAAUUGAGCUGGGAAAUAUCACACCUCCUUUACACAGCAGUGAUGAGAGGCCAGCAGUAGUAAUUCCUGGUCUAGUCUCAAAGGGAAGGCAGCUCCCAAGAGCUUGCAGCUUAACAUGUUCACACCGAUACCAUGCCUGCAGCUGGGACUGCCCAGCCGCUGUCACUUCAGUCCUGAAAACUUGGAGAGGAACAACUUGGCAUCAGUUGGGAAGUGCAGUGCCCAGCAGGUGUACUCUGACCAGGUCCUCAGACCUAUCUAGCAUUGUUAUCGUCCUUGUAAGUCAAAAAUAUCUAUUCUGCUGACAGCCAAAGCUCUCUAAACAGCAAAUGCUCUUCUUUGCCUUAACAAAAACAGCUACCUCGCUAUAUGUGUGUGUGCUUGAGCACACGGACCUGUGGGACCUGCAGGGAUGUGUUCUAGGAAGAAGUUAUUUGACCAACUUCUCAGCUUAUUGUAUUUUGUGAAAUCCAAAAGCUGUGCCAGCCCCAUCCUGUUCUAAAGCGUGUGCUAAGGUGAUCACUGUGUGCUUUUCUGAGGAGAGCGGAGGGCAGGCAGUGGGGAAGGUGACGUCAGGCAGACUGGCCCCUACACAAGAGUAGCGCCGUUCAGCCAAGUCUCUUGCAGGCCCAAAAGCCACCAGGUACUGAACAGAACUGGGAGCAGCAGCCACUUGACAGUCUGGUGGUUGGCUGUAACUCUUGGACUGCAGCUUGUUUCAUGGUCCAAGAAAUGAGAUGAGCCCGAUGGAUCAGCAAUGCUUUUGGAGAAGCCUGAGGGUACUAGCCUGGCUCCUGGGAAGCUUUAUACAAGCAGGCAAUGGACCGACAGUCUCCAGAGUUAGCCCCAAUGUGUCAUUUAGCAAUCUUCUACUUGCAUCUUAUUGGCAAAAGGUUAACUGCUGCUGAAAUCCAACUUAUAACUUUAGGUUUAUUUUGCUUAUUAAAAUGCGCUAGUGACAGAUGAACCUUUUUUGCUUUGUGUUUGUUACUUGCCUAGACGUCUUUUAUGACACUGUGAACAUCCAGAAGGUUAUCCAGUGAGGCCAUAGGAAAAUGGGGCUGGGGAUGUGAAGACUGGAGGAUGGUGGUUCAUGACGAGCACCAGCCCUGAGUGCUAAUCCAUUCUUCUGCCUCUGGGAGUGACUUGGGAAAGCUUACUUCAGCUCCUUGACUCAGUUUCCUGAACUUCUAGUGAAGACAGAAGGUUUUCAGCAGAGAUAAAGCUGUGUAUUAGUUUUUGUUUCAUGCCAUACCAGCAGUCCUGGACUGGUGAAGGACUGGCAGCCUCUGGAGUUAUCCCCAUGGGACCUUCCUGCCCAUCUGCGCGGGGUCUGAUUCAGAUGGAGUUCACUUUCCUUAUGGCAGCUGCCGUGGUGCUGUGUUUUAGACUGGUGAUAACAUGCAGCGAUUUUGCAGUUACUGGUGUGCUUGUACAGGAUCAAGGCCUUCUCUAUCUCGCUCUGCUGUCCCAGUGGGGAGGCUGAGGCUGGGUGAGAGGCUGGGAGGGGGCACAGCUGGGGCAGUGGACCCAAAGGGUGCAGUCAGUAAUAAAACUGGAGAGGAUAUUCUUCCGCGAUAGGUGUGCUCAGAUACUGGCCAGGCAUUGGUCUGCAGUGGUGAGUGACUGUCUGUGCAUUGCUUAGCUGGGUUUUUUUUCUUCCAUUUUCCUUCACUUAUUAAACUGCCUUUAUCUCAACCCAUGAGUUUUGCUUACCUUUGCCCUUCUGAUUCUUUCCCCCUCCCCAUUUGGCAGGGAAGUUUAAGGAAGUCUGGUACGCGUGUCCAGCUUGCAUUGAGACAUAAGGGCUGAAAUCCAGCGGAAUUAUUCCAGGUUUGUGGAUGUUUUCCAUCUGUCCACUGUUCUGUUAUCUCUGGAAGUGCCUUCAGAACCCUGUAAGAAUAAAAACCUGUUCUAAGCUACUGUCUCUCCGAUUGAAUCUAAUUAAGUUUUGAAUUGAGCUGCAUUUUAGCUUAGAGCUGAUGUAAUAUAAACAGCAUAUAAAUGUGCCACUUCCGUGGUGUAGCAGCUACUCUGUUUUCUCUGGUACUCCUUAGGCACUAAGGAAAUCCCACCUAGUUGUGUGUGAUAUACAGAAGAAAACAUGACUGAGUUUCAAGGCUGAGUUUUGCAUUAGUGCUCAUCUAGCAAUUCUCUAUCAGCUGCCCAUUGCAGUGACUGUUGGCUCUUGCUUUCCUGUGAUUUAUAAGAAAGAAGUGUCCAGACAAGACAUUGCUACUAUACAGGGUUAAAUUCAAUUGUAAAACCUACCAAUCAACAAAGGGGGAAAGGAAAAUGAGCUUUGAAUGCUUAUAUGUAACCAGAUACAUUUAAUGAAAGGAGGAAAUUGCAAUAUCCAAGCUAUUCCCCGGCUGAAAGGUUUUGGAGUCUGCAAGUCGGUAGAAAUGUGUUUAAGGUCAUUUUUAAGAGAAAAGUGGGGGAAAAAAGGAUCUUCCCUGUGAGCAAAUUU